AUGGCAAAGUUCGUAUUCCUUGGUCUCUUGCUCGUAGGAUCCGUAGCUUCUCUUGAUUUGAUUGGACGUACCCAAUCUGCUGCCGUCAAGGGAAAACUUAUGUGCGAAGGAAAGCCAGCAUCAGGAGUGAAAGUCAAGUUGAUGGAGUCUGACAACAGUUUCGCACCAGGAUUCCUCGAUAGCGACGACAAGAUGGCAUCUGGAAAGUCUGACUCGAGCGGAGGAUUCAACUUGAGCGGAACCUCCAAGGAACUCACUGGAAUCGAGCCAUACUUGGCUGUUUUCCACGACUGCAAAGACGGAAUUACACCAUGCCAACGUGUCUACCGUGUCAAUAUUCCAAAAUCAUACACCAACAGUGGAAGCUCUGCCAAAAAAACCUAUGAUGCUGGAGUCAUUGAACUGGCCGGAAAGUACCCAGGAGAGAGCAGAAGCUGCCUGAACUAG